AUGCCGCCGCUUCGCCUUGUCGCGAUGUGCGCGGUGAUCGUUUCCACGCAGCAGUUUGGGCCGGCGCAGCUGGGCAGUUCGUGGGACGGGACGAACGUGGAUUGCAGCGGGUGUCAGUGUGGCGACUACUGCGACGACGGCGCCUGGGUGGUGGGCCCUCACCACGCAAAGGGCGCCACCGACUGGUUCUCGCCCGGCCAGGCGUGCAACCCCGAACAAGACGGCUUGGGCUGCUCCUGCCGCUGCCGGCACUCCGGCGGCGACUACGGGACAGACUGCGGCGGAGCGGCAUGCUGCCAUGGCACAGAGAUAGGGGAGGUUUCUGAGUUCCACUGCCCCUGA